ACUUCAACACGGACAACUUCAUCUGCAAGGAGGACCUGGAGAUGACGCUGGCCCGGCUGACCAAGUCGGAGCUGGAGGAGGACGAGGUGGUGCUGGUGUGCGACAAGGUCAUCGAGGAGGCCGACCUGGACGGCGACGGCAAGCUGGGCCUGUCCGACUUCGAGGACAUGAGUCAGGCACCCAAGUUCCUCAGCACCUUCCAUGUCCGGAUCUGAGGACAGCCGAGGUCUCGGCCCUCACGCCCACCGUCGGUCCACCUCUGCUGUCUGCACAGUUUUGACCUCCCAGCUCCCAGGAUGGGAGCUGCAGCCUCCAGGGCUGACACCUAUCGACAUUUCUCGGCCCCUUCAAC